AUGUCGGCCAAAACCAGCCCCGAUCCGGCCGUCACUGAAAUAUCGUCCGGGAAUUCGUACGAUGAGAAAUGCGGUCGCGUUGAUGUCUCAACUGCAAUCGCGGACCUGGCCCAGAUUCGACACGCCCAUCAAUGGGACCCUAACCUUCCCCAAGAGAAGCUCGAUGCUGUCGAGUCAGCACUCGAACAUGGAGACGCCACAGAUAUUGCCGCAGCCGAACCGAUUUUCACCGAGGACUCGCCCUACGAAGAAGUUCGUGCCGCCGUGCGCAAUACCGAUGGCAGGGAGGUCGCCUGCACCGUCAGGGCGUGGAUACUGGGCAUGAUAUUCGUCACCCUUGGCAGCGGACUGAAUAUGCUGCUGAGCAUGCGAAGCCCUGCUGUGAACUUCCCGGCCUUAGUGGUGGUACUACUAGUUUAUCCCAUUGGAUGUCUUUGGGCCAAGGUUAUGCCCACGAGGAAGUUCAAUAUCUUAGGGUUGGCGUGGACAUUAAACACUGGCCCAUUUACUAUUAAGGAGCACGUCGUCGUCACCCUCAUGUCGAACGUAUCCAUCUCAUAUGCCUACUCCACCGAUGCUCUACUCGCGCUCCAGGGAAAGCCAUUCUACGACGUCAACCUAGGAUGGGGCUUUGCCUUGAUAUUUACCCUGAGCUCGCAACUCAUCGGCAUAUCCCUGUCCGGCAUGUUUAGACGGUUUCUGGUCUGGCCUUCGGCGAUGAUGUGGCCUAACCAGUUUUCGUACACCUCGCUCUUUUAUGCGCUUCACGACAAGAGCAAAAGCGAUGGGGCACAGUCCAAUGGAUGGGUCAUUAGCCGUUACCGGUAUUUUUUCAUCGUGAUGACCGCCAUGUUCUGCUAUUACUGGAUCCCAGCCGUUCUCUGGCAAGGCCUCUCUGUAUUCGCGUUUGUCACUUGGAUCAGACCCGAUAAUGUUGUGCUCAAUCAGCUCUUUGGUGGCUUCACGGGACUCUCCCUUCUCCCCAUCACGUUCGACUGGACCUACGUUUCCGCAUACCUGCAAGAUCCUCUGCUGGCCCCGACACACUCCCACGUGAAUACGUUACUCGGUCUCUUCAUUUUUGUCAUCAUAACUACGAUCGGAAUUACGUACUCGGGGGCCAUCUAUGCCGAGUAUCUUCCCCUCGUUACCUCUCAGGUUUACGACAACACCCAGAAACCUUUCACCGUCUCGCGAGUCCUCGGAGAUAGUUUUACCCUCGACGUAGAUAAGUUCCGGGCCUACUCUCCGCUAUUCUUGUCCCCGACCCUGGCUCUGAAUUACGGCCUUUCUUUUGCGGCCUUGACUGCGUCACUCGUCCACAUCUCUCUCUUCAACGGCAAGGAGAUAUGGUACCGCUUCAAGACUGCUCGCAACCAGGAGCCCGACAUACACCUCAUGCUGAUGAAGAGGUACACGGAGUGCCCCGAAUGGUGGUAUUUCGCACUUCUUCUCGUCUCCAUCGCGCUCGGUCUGGGCACUGUCUUGGGCUACGACUCGCAACUUCCUUGGUGGGGAUUCUUCGUAUCCAUCGUCCUGGCGUUCGUGUUCGUGAUCCCCACGUGCAUGGUGAUGGCUGUGUCGAACAUUCUGUUAUCCUUGAAUGUCCUCUCUCCCUUCAUAGCUGGACUUAUCUUCCCUGGCCGUCCGAUAGGCGUGAUGAUAUUCAAAGUCUUCAGCACAAUUACGUUAGGACAGGCUCAGACAUAUGUCCAUUUUCGGAUAACUGAUGCUAUGCAGAGCGCCGACCUGAAGUUGGGCCAUUAUAUGAAAAUCCCCCCCAAGGUUACCUUUUGGUGUCAAGUGGUAGCGAGUAUCUGGGCGGUGUUUGUGCAAAUCGCUGUCAUGAACUGGACAUUGGGAAAUAUCCCUGACGUUUGUUCCAACAACCAAGUGAGUCACUUCAGCUGCCCGAACGGCCGGGCAUUCUUUUCGUCGUCCAUCGUAUGGGGUGUCCUCGGGCCCCGUCGCAUGUUCGGGCCUGGGUCAAUGUAUGUGAACUUCAACUGGUUUUGGCUUAUUGGAGCUGGCCUGCCCCUGUUACUAUGGAUCUUGGCUCGGAAGAUGCGGGUUGGGUUCGUACGCCAUUUAAAUGCGCCGGUAAUGUUUGGGGCUAUGGGGUGGCUGCCACCGGCUACGCCUCUCAGCUUCUCGUCGUGGGCAAUCUUCGGGUUGGUAUUCAACUACGGCAUACGGAGGAGGUUUAACGGGUGGUGGCGCACGUACAACUACGUGACCGCGGCUGCUCUUGAUGCGGGACUCAUCUUGUCCACUAUCAUCAUCUUCUUCGCUAUCACCCUUCCCGGCGUUACUAUUCCUCAAUGGUGGGGAAACGUUGACGUGUUCAACACAGUCGACGCUUCUUAUUCAAGUUGGUUGAAGACGGUGUCUGAGGGUGAAACCUUUGGGCCGGAGACGUGGUAG